AUGUGCAAUUACUCAGUCGAGUUGGAACAGAUUGCAGAGCGCUAUUUGUCUCGGUGUCCAGAUAACCACCCUGAUCCUCUUGUCGACACGGAAUUCAACGGCACUACAAUGACGAUCAAGUCGUACUCUCCCUACAAACCCAGCGUCUUGGAAUACCUUCAAGAUUAUCAAUCUUCAUUAAGAUUUUGCGAUUCUCAACACCGCCAUUUUGCUUUCUGCCAGAGUCAUAGGAAGAUGGUGUGGGCACAAUCGACGGAGGUUGGAUGCGCCAUUCACUUCUGCGGACCCGCUCGCCAUUCCAACUACCUCAUCGGGUGUCUCUACAAACCGGGGUUUGUUUAUUCCGCUUUCUACAUGCCACUCACUUUCACUCACUCACUCACUCACCAAACACUGGUCCGAUCUACGUCUAGUGGCGCAGCGCCAGCGUGCCUAGCUGCUCAUUGA